GUGCAGGAGUUCUUCCUGGUGGGAUUCCCCACAGACCCUUCUAUCGAGUUGCUCCUCUUCUUUUUGGUGCUGGCCAACUAUCUCAUCACUCUCUCGGGAAACAGUGUGAUUAUCUGCAUCACCCUGUCUGACCGUCGUUUACAGAGCCCCAUGUAUUUCUUCCUCCGGAACUUUUCUUUUGUGGAAAUUUGGUUCACCACGGUGACGGUGCCCAAACUUCUGGCCGGGUUCCUUGUCGGCAGCCGUACCAUCUCCUUUGUGGGCUGCAUGGCUCAGUGUUAUUUCUAUUUUCUCCUCGGGGCAACAGAAUUCUUGCUCUUGGGCGUCAUGUCCUUUGACCGUUACCAAGCCGUGUGCAACCCCUUGCGCUACCCGGCGCUGAUGACCAGGAAGUUCUGCCUGCGGUUGGUGUGUGGGACAUGGGUGGCAGCUUUUUUCACUAUCCUUGGGCCACUCAUCAUGGUGACUGGCCUUCCCUACUGCAACUCCAAUGUCAUUAACCAUUUCUUCUGUGACCGCACGCCCUUGGUCAACUUGGCUUGCACCAAUACUGAAUGGGUAGAGAACAUCAAUUUGUUGCUGGCAGGGGUACUGAUCCUGGGCUCCUUAGUGCUGACAGUCAUUUCCUAUUGUUUGAUCACAGUGGCUGUGCUGCGGAUCCCUUCUGCGCAAGGUCGGCUCAAGGCCUUCUCCACCUGCGCCUCCCACAUGACGGUGGUCACGAUCGUCUAUGGCAGCCACAUCUUCAUGCACGUCCGCACCACCCAUACAUACACGGAGAGAACUGAUAAAGUUGUGGCACUCAUGACCAGUGUGGUGGCCCCGUCACUCAACCCCUUCAUCUACACCUUACGCAAUGAGAAGGUCAAGGAAGCCCUGAGAGAUGCAGCAAGGAAGAGAGGACUUUUUGGCACCAAAGAAUUCCAGGAAAAAAGGACAGGCUUUCACAGAAUCAUAGUGGGAUAA